UACGCAUUAAUAAUAAUUCAACACCUCCACUCACUAAAUUCUGCAGUGUUUCACUAGGUCCCGCCACCACAGGGUGCCACCAUUCCGACCCGCCUUCUCGUCCGUCUUAAGUCCCUCCUCCGGUCUUCACCACCGCCUAAAACGUAAAAACCACUAAUUAAUGGACCAAGAACACCAGCAACCUUUACUUGGUUGUGUUAAUGCUGCGGGCACCGCCCGAUUUUCACACCCUCUGACCGUCGCCUCUGACCACCACCGCCGCCACCACAGAAUCACGAUACGUGAUGAACCGGGAAAUUAUGACAGCAGCGACGACGAUGACGAAUCACCAGCACCACUUACUGGAGACUCCCUUUACUCAAAGCCCUUCGUAAUUCUUGACAUUAUAUGGAACCUGGCAUUUGUUUUGGUGUCUCUUUUUGUGCUCUUGACUACCGUUCAAGAAAAGCCCUCCACCCCUUUACGGCUGUGGAUUGGUGGGUAUGCUUUUCAGUGCCUUCUGCACGUCGGUUUUGUGUGGGCUCAAUACCAAAGGUCCAGUUUUGAUAUUCGGGUUGAAGAUUUUCAUCUUGAUAGAGUAUUACGUUUUCCUUCCCUCUGUCAAAACAGCAUCAUCAAGAAGCUGGAUUCAGUUAAUACAGUGGUUUCAUCAAUCUGGUGGAUUGUGGGAUUCUAUUGGAUUAUAAUGGGUGGCCAAGCGCUUCUGCAAGAUUCUCCUCGUCUAUACUGGUUAUUGGUGGUUUUUCUUGCCUUCGACAUGUUCUUCAUGAUCUUCUGCAUCAUAAUGGCAUGUAUUAUAUUCUUUGCGUUGUUUUGUUGCUUUCCGAUCUUAGCUACAGUUGCUUAUGCUAUGACUAUUGGUGGUGGAGCCUCGGAAAGUGAUAUUAUGGCACUUCCAAAGUACAGAUAUUGCCAGCCUGAUACUUUGACAGAACUUGAUAAGGGUAGAAUGGACGGAGUUAAAUUAAUAGCAAAGUCCGAUAAGAGUAACUCUGCAGCUGAGUUAGUUCUUCAUCUAGAGGAUUCUGAGUGCUGCAUAUGCCUUUAUAGGUACGUUGAUGGGGUGGAAUUGUGUAGACUUCCUUGCAACCAUCAUUUUCACUGUAAAUGCAUCACCAAAUGGCUGCGCAUAAAUGCAACAUGUCCUCUUUGCAAAUUCAACAUUCUUAGGGGCGAAACGUUGGUCUGACUCUUCUCAGCCAAGGCUAAUCGGGGCUGUAACAUCUUGCUAAUCUUCUAGUAAAAGGUACAGUAGAAAUGUAGAUUUUAUACAGAGUUUCAUCUGGGCCUGGGAUUCUUUAUAUAUCAGUUUUUUGCUUUCUCAGAUGUUGUCCUGUACAUGGGAUACCUACAGUCUGAAGCUUAAUUCUGAUAUUUAAAUAUUCGGGCUUUAACCCUCA